AUGUUGUCGCUGUUCGCGGCUCUCUCGCUCACCGUCGUCUACCGGGUUGACGCUAAAUCUGCCGGGAUUACCGUAUUCCAGCGAGCUACGACACCCUGGAUCUGUCAGAUUCCUCAAUACUUCGAAGCAUUUGGUGGAAGGGUUGAGCAUAUUUUGCAGGUAUUCCGGGCGAUCACCGGGCUACCGUACUGCAAUACCGGUAGUCUGGUCCCGCACGACCACAUCCUCGGCCAGGGUGCCCUGACGACCACCGAAGACUCGCGAAUCCACGUAUAUCAGUCUGGUCACUGCAUCCCGACGCACCAAUUCUGCGACCGCGAACGGCAAUGCCCCGAUGGGGACGAUAAGCACGAUUGUCCAACCGUCAUCUGCGCCCGCAACGAGCUCCGCUGUGCUGUUGACAACGUCUGUAUGCCUUUGACCGUCCGAUGCGAUGGGUGGAAGGAUUGUGCGGAUGGAACUGAUGAAUUGGCUUGCCCCGCUACUAAAGCUGUCAAGGUUCCCGGCGCUAAGUCGGUUGCCUCCAAGCCUACUGUAACCUGCGCUGAUGGUUCUGCUCCGGAAUAUUCGCUG